AGUCGAUCAUCUUGUUUACUUUGUUUACACAUUUUUUAUGUCAUUACUCAUUGGAUAAUUUUUUUAUUUCUGAGUGUUUCUGAGGUUAUGAAAUUUGUUGUUUAAUUGUUAUUAUUGUUGUGUUUAUAAUAAAAUUAUAUGUCAUAUUUUUAUUGACGUUUUAUAAUUAAAAAUAAAUCAAUCAUUGUUGUUAUCAAAAUGGCUGGUGUACAUCGUGAAGCAAUUCAAAAAACAAUUCAACAAGAUUGGGCAAAUCGUGAAUACAUUGAAGUUAUUACUGGAAGUAUUAAAAAAAUUACAGAUUUUCUAAAUUCAUUUGAUAUGUCAUGUAGAUCAAGGCUUGCUGUUUUGAAUGAAAAAUUAACAACACUUGAACGUAGAAUUGAAUAUCUUGAAGCAUGUGUCACAAAAGGAGAAACUUUAACAUGAUAAUUUUGUCAUUUUGAUAAAUUUUAAUCUAAGAUAUACAUUACCAAAUAAAUAUGAUGAAUAAACAAAUUAUUAAAUAAAUUGAUAAAUUUUUUUAAACAAUUUAUAACAAUCAAUAAAGUGGUUUUGUUUUUUUCAUUUUUAAUGAAUAAACUUUGUAAUUUAUUGCGAUAAAUAUACUACAUUGUAAUAAUGUUGUUUACAUUUGUA